CCCACGUGACGCGGUUUGUCCUGCGCGAGCCGCCGUCGCGGCAAGAUGGCGGCGGAGAGCAGCGACAGCGAGGAGGAGGACCUGGUGAGCUACGGCAGCGCGCUGCCGGCCCUGCAGGAGGGCGAACGAAUUAAAAAGCCAGUUCCUCUUCAAGAGCAGACUGUUAAAGAUGCUAAGGGACGAUAUCAACGUUUUCAUGGAGCGUUUACUGGUGGUUUCUCUGCUGGUUACUUCAACACUGUUGGAACAAAGGAAGGAUGGACUCCCUCAAGUUUUAUAUCAUCACGGCAGAAGAGAGCAGACAAAACUGUUCUUGGGCCAGAAGACUUCAUGGACGAAGAGGAUCUUAGUGAAUUUGGUAUAGCACCAAAAGAUAUUACAACUACUGAUGAUUUUGCAUCCAAAGCCAAAGACAGAAUAAAAGAGAAAGCUAGACAAAUUGCAGGAGUAGUUGCUGCCAUUCCAGGAACAACUGCAUUUGAUGAUUUAAUAGGACCAUCCAAAAUAACAAUUGGGGUUGAGCUGUUGAGAAAAAUGGGUUGGAAAGAAGGGCAAGGAAUUGGACCUCGAAUCAAAAGAAAGCCCUGUAGGCAGAAACCUGAUCCUCAAGUGAAAGUGUAUGGUUGUGCAUUACCACCUGGACUGUCCGAGGGUUCUGAGGAUGAAGAGGAUGAAUACCAGCCAGAGAAUGUGACGUUUGCACCAAAAGAUGUAAUGCCUGUAGAUUUGACUCCAAAAGAGAAUGUCCAUGGACUUGGCUAUAAGGGUUUGGACCCCACACAAGCUUUGUUUGGUGUACCUGGAAGAGAACACCUUAAUCUUUUCACAGGUGGUUCUGAAAAGACAAGUGAUCUACUUGGUGAUCUGAGACACAAUAAAGGAAGAAAACUAGGUAUCACAGGCCAGGCUUUUGGUGUAGGAGCUUUAGAGGAGGAAGAUGAUGAUAUUUAUGCAACUGAAACAUUGUCAAAAUAUGAUACAGUUCUAAAAGAUGAGGAACCUGGAGAUGGUUUAUAUGGUUGGACAGCGCCUAAGCAGUAUAAAUCCAAAAAAAGGUUUGAAACAGAAGUUAAAUAUAUAGGGAAAAUCUUGGAUGGUUUUUUCUUGGCAUCAAAGUCAUCAGCUCCAAGCAAGACUUAUCCACCACCUGAUCUGCCACGAGAUUACAGGCCAGUCCAUUACUUUCGACCUGUGAUAGCAGCUGGAAAUGAAAACUACCAUUUACGGAAGACAUUAGAGGAAUCAACUGGAAAACUUCAGAAUGACACAACCCAACAAAGCAGGCAUACACUGAAUGCGUCUCAGAGGAGGGAACGACUUGGAGAAACUGUUUUAAAAGUUUUAGGUCCCGCUCCUUCUGUUUUGGAGUAUCUUUCUGAGAAAGAUAGGGAAAGACUGAAAGAAGUGAAAAAAACAUCUGAACAACAAAUGAAAGCAAAAAUGUUGCCUCAGCAGUCACAAAAUAGCAGAUUCCAGCCAGCCCCUGCAAAUGAGGCUCCUCAGAAGUGGCAAAUGUUUUUAGGGGGUCAGCUGGCAAAUGCUGGUUCUAGUGACUUCAAACCAUUUGCAAGAUAUCCAGAAAAACAAAAAAGAUAUGAAAGUUUUGUGCAGAGUCUUAAACAAGGACAAAAAGUAGAUACGUUGGAGCAUUAUUUAGACCCGAGUAUGACAGAAUGGGAGCGAGGAAGAGAACAAGAGGAGUUCUUCCGCGCAGCGAUGUUCUACAGAUCUUCAAACUCAACGCUGUCAUCCAGGUUUACCCGGGCGAAAUAUGAAGAUGAUGUUGAUAAAGUGGAAGUUCCUCGGGACCAAGAGAAUGAUAUCGAUGACAAGGAAUCUGCUGUGAAGAUGAAGAUGUUUGGAAAACUCACAAGAGACAAGUUCGAAUGGCACCCUGAAAAGUUAUUGUGUAAAAGAUUUAACGUUCCUGAUCCAUACCCUGAUUCUUCUAUUGUUGGGUUACCAAAAGUGAAGCGAGACAAGUAUUCUGUAUUCAAUUUCCUAGCCCUGCCUGAGCCCACCACAUCUGUAGCUCAAGCAACAAAUGAAAGAAUUCAACAGAAUAAUCUCAACAAACCAAAGAAACCUUCAAGAUGGGAUGUAUCAGAUAAAGAGAAAGAGAAAAAAGAUUCUAUCAGUGAAUUCAUUAGUCUUGCUAGAUCAAAAGCUGAUGUUCAGCAGCAGCCACCAGUACCAACGACAGAAGAAUGCAGGACUGAGACAAACGAAACUCUUCCUAGUGAGACAGCUAAUGAAGACAAGGAUCAGGAAGAGGAAAGCAGACCACCCAUGGACUUAUUUAAGGCCAUCUUUGUGAGUUCCUCAGAUGAAAAAUCAUCUUCCUCUGAGGAAGAGAGUGAUGAAGAGCAGGAGCCAACUGUUUCUGUAAUAAAUUCAGAAACUACCAAGCAGGUUGAUCUACCAGAUAGUUCUUCAUCUAAUGUGCAAGAGAAUGUGGCUGCUGCAACUGAGCCUGGCCUUCCUUUGCCGCCUGCUUCAAAGGAGGAACUGGACAUGGCAGAGGAAUUUGGACCAAGGUUGCCUCCAGCUUUCUCUUCUGGUCCUAUUCAGCAACAAGGACCAGUAGUGCCAGCAAGUUUUCCUGGGCCUAGUAGGAAGGAAAAACAUAAAAAGAACAGAGAAAAACACAGGACUAAGAGAGACCACAAACAUAAAAAGGAAAAGAAAAAGAAACAGAAGAAGCACAAAAACAAAGGAAAACAUAGGAAUAAAAAAUCAGAAAAAGACAGCAGCUCAGACACUGAAGACAGCAGUGACAGCCUUAGUGAUAUAGAUACCACAGGUUUGUCUCCCAAAGAGCUUCUAAGAAGACUGAAACAACUUCAGCAUUGAAGAGGUAGCUUGCUUUCCUCAGUGGUGUGUGACUUUAUCUCAAAUUUUUGAUCUCCUCCAUGAUGGUAGAUCAAUAAUGUAUUGUAUACUUCAAAGUGCUAUGUAGAUACUGUAUUCAUAUUGAAUUUGUUUGAAAGUACAAGUGUAUUCAUUUUGUGUUGCUUCAUAAAUUCAAAAUUUAUGGAUUAUGGAAUAUUGAAGAGACUUCUUGUGCAGUAUACUCUAAAAUACUGCAGGCUCUGUUUUAAUUGAAAUUAAACUUAAGAUAUUUUAAUAAACUAAGUACUACCAAUCA